CAUCCUUUAAUUUGAGCUCAGCCGCCGUGGGGUCCACACUAAAAAAACUCACUGAAAGGGGGAUCUUCUCGUAUCCAAAACCUACAGGGAAGCAGAAGGAGAUCCGGUCGGAUUUUUCACCUCUUUUUGGCAAAACAUCUCAUCCCAGAGCUGGAUUUUUAAAUCUCAAAUCUUCUUUUUCGAUUUUUUCUUUUUUUGAAAACCUAAAAAGGAAAAAAAAAAAAAAAUGGGAGCCCAGUUGUCCAAGGGUGGAGUAGCUGUGGAGGGGAAAGCCGCUGCUGCAGCUGAUCCUGCUGCUGCUAAAGCCAACGGCCAGGAGAACGGUCAUGUCAAAACCAACGGGGACGUGUCAGCCAAGCCCGACGGGGAAGUGGCCGCCGCCGAUGGAAACGGAACAGCCGAGCCAGCUAAAGAGGGUGAAAACGGCACGGGGGAUGCCAUCGAGCCGGCUCCAGCGGCCGAGGGCGACGCGGCCAAAGCGGAAGGCGAGGCCGCCAAGGAGGGCAAGAAAAAGAAGAAGUUCUCCCUGAAGAACUCCUUCAAGUUCAAGGGCAUCUCGCUGAAGAAGAACAAGAAGGGCAGCGAGGAGGGCAAGGAGGAGGUCGCCUCCCCCACGGCAGAGGACAAGCCCGAGGAGAACGGCCACGCGGCCAAGGAAACCAAAGAGGAGACGCCGGCCGCCGAGGCCAAAGAGGACGAGGCCGCCGCCGCCGCUGCUCCAGCUGCUGAGGCCGCACCUGAGGGAGAGACCAAGGCGGCGGAGGAGGCCCCACCCACAGAGGCUGCCCCGGCCGAGGAGGCCGCCGCCGCUGCCCCCGCCGAGGACACGACACCUGCAGCCUCUGAGGGCGAGGCCAAGGCAGAGUGACUGCACCCCCCCCGCCACGGCACCUGAACUGAUUUUCCAAGAUUAAAGUAUAUAAAUAUAUAUAUGAGAGACUCGUGCCACGUUCUUUAAAGUUAUAAACAAAACUAGAAAAGAAGACAAAGGAUAUAUCACGUCUGCUGAUUCAACCACCAGUUCACUGCCUUUUAUUAGUUCUUCGACAGACGGAAUCUCACCGGGCCCUCUCAUGAUGAAAGCGUCACCGUGUGUCGCCCCCUCCUGGCGCACACUGGGACUGGCAUGUGGCGAAGGUAAAUGGAUUGGAUGUGGAGCGAAUCAGGAAUACUGACUUAUUUUCCCAAUUCAUGGAGAAGCAUCCUUUUUAACAGCGUGGCAGCCCUAUAACAUUUUUAAUUUUUCUUUCUCAUCUUUUUCUGGGAUCUAAAAAUUGUCACCGUUGCGGAGCGGGGCAGAGCAUCUCCUUCACUCGAAGUGACUGUUACAUGGACACAUUCAAAAAGAUUCUUAUUCAUUUUUAGAAUUCUACAUUCCUAUGUUUUACCCCCAAAUUUCAAGUAUUUUGUCAUGUAUAGAAAAGUGAAAAACCGAGGAGGGGAGGUGGAAAAAGAGCAAUGUCUUUGUUCGUGCAUUUAGAUUCUUUUUCUGGCUAAAACCACAUUCAAGCUUCUUGAGUAUUGCAGUGUUCACAUUUCAGAGUUUAUGAUGCAGGGGGUUUGGGAUUGUGUACAAAAAUGUGAGCUUUUUAUCUGCAAACUGUCUCUGUAAAUAUGUUUUGGCCAAUAUUUUUUGGUUCUCUUUAUUUUGCUAUCGUUUGAAGAUGUUAAUGGUUUUAUUGUAACUUUUAAUAAGGGUAAAUAAAUGUUCGAUCCCCUC